AUGGAGUGGGGAGAAUUAUCGGACGAUAAGAUUGACUUUUGUUGGCAGGCUUCCCAGGUUUCAGAAGAGGAACAACUCUUCCGCUUUUCCACACAUCCGGUAUUUGAAGACUGGCAACUUUUAUCACCAAAUAUACAACAAAAACAUUACCAUGUGAGUGGUUAUCAGGUGGAUGGUAAUCGGCAUGACAUUGAGCAUUGCUAUUACCAUGGCACCGUUAAGGACUAUCCUGGUGCUAGCGCCGCCUUCCAUACGUGCAAUGGUGUCAGCGGCGUCAUACACAUCGGCAACGAAACAUUCGUUAUACAUCCCUUCUAUGGAGGCGAUCUUUCGAAGCAUCCGCAUGUGAUAUUUGAGGCACGCACUAAAGCCAAUAAAGGAUGCGCCAAUUCGGGUAAUUUAGAGACGUGGCGUUUGUCACGUCGCCCAAAACUGCUGUCGGCUGGUGUCAUCGACGAAAUACAUCCGAACGGUGCGGGCCGUUAUAAGCGCGAUGUACGCGAAGCAACCAAAUACAUCGAAACGGCCAUUGUUGUGGACCAAGCAAUGUACGAGAAACGUAAUGGCAGCACACGUGCCGAGGUCAUACACGACGCUAUACAGGUGGCGAAUAUUGCGGAUUUGUACUUUCGCACUCUAAACACUCGCGUCUCCGUGGUGUACAUUGAAACGUGGGGCAAAAAUCAGGCACCCAUCGAUGGCAGCAAGGACAUCAGUAAAGCCAUAUCGAAUUUCAACGAUUACACAUCGCGAAAUCUUUUCCAAAUCGAACGCGACACCACACAGUUACUAACCGGCGAGACGUUCGCUGGCGGCGAGGCGGGCAUGGCGGUGCCGGAGACUGUGUGCACGCCGCGUGCGAUCGGCAUCAGCGUUGAUAUUAAUGUCUACGAGCCGCAUCUGUUGGCGGGCACGAUGGCGCACAUGAUUGGCCAUAAUAUCGGCAUGGGCCACGAUGAUGGACGUGAGGAGUGCUUCUGCAGGGACUGGCAUGGCUGCAUAAUGGCCCAAUCGAUUGUUGGCCAGGAGAAUGUGCAGCCUUAUAAAUUCUCCGAGUGCAGCAAAAAGGAUUACAUCGAUGCGCUGCGCACCGGACAUGGGUUGUGUUUACUCAAUAAGCCGAAUGAGAUCGAAAUGCGUCGCAAUUGUGGCAAUAAGAUCGUCGAAGAGGAUGAAGAGUGUGAUUGUGGCACGAUUGAGGAGUGUGCCUUGGAUCCAUGUUGCGAUGGCAUCACCUGCAAGCUGAAAUCAGAGGCUCAGUGUGCCGGUGGCGCUUGUUGCAGUGAAUGUCGACUGCGGCCAAAAGACUAUGUCUGUCGUGAUGCGCUCAACGAAUGCGAUCUGCCAGAGUAUUGUGAUGGCGAAAGUGGUCACUGCCCAAUGGAUGUAUUUCGGAAAAAUGGAUCGCCGUGCGGGCACUCAAAGGCAGGAUUGUCGUCCGGCUACUGCUUUCAAGGUGACUGUCCCACUUUGAAUUUGCAGUGCGAGGCGAUUUGGGGUUAUGGCGGUUUGGCGGCAGAUCGCCAGUGCUAUGAGCAGUUCAACUCGAAGGGUUCGAUCAACGGCCAUUGUGGGCGUGACUCCAAUGAACAUUAUAUUAAAUGCGAGCCAGAGAAUGUCCAAUGUGGCACAUUGCAGUGCAAGGAGGGCGAACGCCAGCCAGUUAAUGAUGGCAUUGAUCAGCUUUAUUCGAGUACAGUUAUCUCAAUCAAAGGAACGGAAUAUACAUGCAAAGCCACUAGCGGUCAAGUGGGCGCUAAUGAGUAUCCGGAACAUGGACUGGUAAAGGAUGGUACGCCAUGCGGUACUGAUUUGAUUUGUCUGAAUCAGACUUGUGUCAGCAUAUUUCCACACGUCGAUUCAACCAAAUGCCCAACAGAUUCACAGGGAAAAGAGUGUUCAGGACGCGGGGUCUGCACCAACACGAAUCGCUGCUUUUGCGACAUGGGUUGGGGCGGCGUCGACUGUAGCCUUGUAGUUUUACUGACCACACCACUGCCAACGGAAGCGCUGCCAACCGCGGAGAAUACUAUCAAAAUGGAGAAGAAGGAGACGCCAUAUGAGAACUACCACGGCUCAAAUACAGUAUUCCUGGUCGGUGUACUAAUGUCAGUUGUUGGGUUCGUUUUUGUUACUUUCACCUUGAUGGCACUGUGCUACAGACGCAAGACCACUACACUCAAGUACGAUCCGCCAUAUUCGAAAAAGCCCAUCGCCAAGGGCUAUGCCAGCGCCGCAGCCACUGCCGCAAAUCAUCACUCGGUCGAGGAGGUUUCACUGGACGGUUCCAGCAAAUUGGUCUACGCCAACCAGGCCGGCUUCAGGGAUAAAAGCAUACAUGGUCGCCGUUAUACCGGCGGCGGCGAGGACGAUCAGGCCCAUUCUGAAAAGGGUAUAUUGAAGAAGCACAGCUAUGGACUGGUGCACAAUGAACAAUUGAAGGAUAAAUGGGGCGACGAUGUACAGUCCGACAAUCUCGAGCUUAUAACACAACAGGACGGUGCACUCGGCGCCUCCACCAGCGGCGGAGCGGCGGUCUCCGAAGUAGAGCGCACACUCAAAUCGCUCAACGGCUAUCACGAAGACAUAUUGGAGGCACUGCGUAACGCGGCCUCACAUCGCGGCACCGCUACCGGCAAUACGCCCGUCGGCAGCGGCAGCCUAAGCGAAGAGAUGCUGCGCAAGACACUGCAAGACUGCCAAAGCGCACAGCUAAGCUACAGCGUGGAACCGUACAAGCGCUCCAGCGGUUCCAAGUCGAGCUCACGCGAGAACAUCUGCGACCCGGCACAAGCGCACAUGCUGAUCGAAAGUGCGGGCAUUGGCGGCCAUGCCGGCGCCAUAUUGCAUCAUCAUCGCUCGCAGCAUCAAUUGCAUCAGCCGCCACAAUCAAUGCAGCAGCAGCAACCGCCGCUGGACGACGAUGAUGCCCCGUCGACUGGGCCAUUGCGCAUACGCAAUCUGGAGGAUCUGAUACGACAGCUGGAGCAUCACUCGUCGCGUCACAUGAGUCCUAGCGGCUCCGAGGACAUUCGAAUGUCCGAAACGGAGGCCGAUCGCCAUUAUAGAUUAGAUAGUUCCGCCGCUUGCAGUGAAUCGUCGCAAGGCUCAAAUCAGCAAUUAGCACAAUCACAGAAAACUGCAACAAUACAUCCGUCUUACAGCAGUCGUUUGCGCCCGCGCUCCGACGAGGAGUCGCGCUUCGCCUACGGAAGGUACAGACACCCCCAAGCAGCUAGUAGACAUCCAUCGCAUCAAUCGCAUUCACCUCAUGCUUUCGGCCAUCAUACGCAUCAUUCGCACGCCCACGGUCAUGCUACGCACGGCCCACACUCAUCACAUCACUCGUCGCAUACACACUUGCACCAGGACGACGAGGGUAUAUACGAGAGUGCCGAUCACCAUGAACGUUCGGUGGUCGAGGCACGACUCGAUCCGCGUGAAACACCCGACAGUGAGAGUGAUGACUUUAUUCAAGCUCAACAACAGUUAGCCCGGUGGGCGAGUGAGGAUGUGGUAUCCGUCGUGGUAUUGGAUCAACCGCAAUCCGGCACAAUGUCGGAUUCCCAACAAUCCAGCGGCGUCGGACCAAUGUCAACGGCUACAACGAGUACCGUUAUACAUCAUCAACACCCGCACCAGCACCACGGCGAUCAUCCAUCCUCGGCAGCGGCCUCAUCAGCAGCGGCGGCGGCGGCAGCAGCAGCGGCAGCCAACAGCAACUCUAUAAUGGGUUUGGGGGUCGUGUCAAAUGGUAUAAAUGUAAGUCAGAGGGACUAUUACCCCUCGCCACCCUCAACGGAGACGGAAAGCAGUGGAAGUGUUAUCCAACCGCUCAGCCGUCGUUUGCCUAUACCAGCCGAUACCGGCCAACAGCAAGCGCAAUUGCAGCAACUGCACCAACUGCAUCAGCAUCAUCAGCAGCAGCAGCUGCAGCAUCAGCAGCAGCAGCAACUGCAGCUGUUACAGCAGCAAGGCGACACCACCAGCAGCAGCAACAACAGUCAAUCAGGACAAAUAAUGGAGAAUGGUCGAUAUCCGGAAUAUAAACACUGA